AUGGAGCCUACACAGAGAGUCUGCCGAAUUUGCUUGGAAGUCAUCAAGAAAGGCCUACCCUGUUCCGUAUUGAGAAGUGACGAUGGCCUCCUGGAGGACCUACAAAUGAUAUCACCACUUACUUUCAAAAAUCUGCAUUUAACAGGGGAACCUAAAAUAUGCGAGAAAUGCAAAGCUACAGUACGAGAAUUGGGUAAUUUCAAAAGGGCAAUCGUCAGCAAUGAAGCGGAAUUGGAGGAAAACAAUUUCGUUUUCAUUGAUGUCGAGAAAAGUUGUAGAUUGUGUUUGCAGGAGUCUGAGAUUUUAACAUGUUGGAGAAAUGUCAAAGUUUCAUUUCUACAAACUGAACUUCCUAUAGUCCUCGACAUUGCAGACUCGAGCAAAAUUUGCUAUGGAUGCAAUCGCAAGAUAGAACAUUUGAUAGAUUUUUUGCAGAAGGCCGCUAACACCGAAGCGGUGAUUGUAUAUUGUACAAAAGAAACAUGGAAUGCAGAGAAAUUGAACAAACCUUCGCUAAAAACCUAUCAGAAUAGAGGAAUAAAAAUAAAUUAUAGUCCAGGUAGAAUUGCUGAUGUCAAACUCAAAAAAUACAGAAAAUAUCAAAAACUUACAAAAAUUACAAAACCGCGAGAAGUUUAUCCCGCUCACGCCCCUAAGAAGGAACCAACAUAUUUUGAGAUUGCUCCAUUUAAAAGUACUGAUGUUACUUUGGGUGAAACUGAUGAUUUCAUCAGUAACUUCACGGACUACAAUAUUUCAGACUUAGAAGGCCCCACAGUUGCAAUAUUGCCCCAGGAAGCAAUGGUUGCAGCCACGUCUUCUGAAAGUGGAAUGGUUGGCAGUUGUUCUUUUGAAAAUGUGAUCCAUUCAGAAUCAGAGGAACAAAAUAUAGGUACAACUUCAGAACUUGUCAAUGUUCAAGAACGCUCCAUAUUCGAAUUAUUGCCGGAAGAUGCAGAUGUUGACACUUGGUCAUUUGACAAAACGACUGUUGAAACUGAAGCUGCGCAAAGAAAGCGGAAUUGGACCAAACUGCGAAAACGCUUAAAACUUAUCAGAAUAGAAGAUUUAAUGAUAGGCCAGCUAGAAUUACUGAUGUCACUUUGGAUACAAUUUAUAACCUCCCAGAAAAUGACAAAAGCUUAUGGGAAUUACGACAACGCCAAAAACUUAUCAGAAGAGCGGAUCAUUCGAUUAUGGGUCCAUUCAGAAAAAUUGAUGUCACUUUGGGAUUUGGAUGAAGCUCAUAAUUUCGUCAAUAAUUUCACAACGCGUAAAGUUGGAACAGUAAACGAAAUUAACAAUGAGAGAGGAACGGAAAUUGAAAAAAUGAAAGAGGAAACUGACGAAAAUAUAAGUACAACACCGGAACUUUUGAAUAUUCUAGAACGCUCCACAUUUGAAUAA